AUACAAGAACUUGUCGACUGCAGUACUAUCGUCAACUACGGAUGCAACGGCGGUUUCGUCGACAGAGCCUACGACUUCGUCAUACAGAACGGAGGUCUCAACACGGAGAAUGGAUAUCCCUACAAAGCAGUGCAGGGCUUCUGCGACUACGGAAACCUGCUUUUUCGCGCGGCGUCGAUUUCUAACUUCCACUACGUUUCCCCCAACAGCGAAAGAGAGCUCAAGAAAGCGGUGGCGCGCCAGCCAGUAUCAAUUUAUGUUGAAGCUGGACCCUACUGGCAAUUCUAUUCUAAAGGCGUGUUCAAGGGACCCUGCGGUACCGCGCUGAAUCACGCGAUAGCGAUCGUCGGGUACGGGGAGGACGAUACUGGAACAAAGUAUUGGAUUGGUAAAAAUUCUUGGAGUUCUUGGUGGGGCGACGACGGAUACAUCUUUUUGGAAAGAAACAUCGAAGCCAAAGAAGGACGGUGCGGCCUCGCCAUGGAGCCAAUGUAUCCAGUAGUAUAAGAAAUGCCAUGCACCAAUAUUAAUCCUACCUAUCAACUUUGUGCUUUGGGGGCUAUUAUGAUUGUUUUAUGAAUAAAUUGAUGCGAGGCGUGUGUAUUCAUCUUUCAUGUUGACAAUAUAUAUAGUAGUUCAAGUUUGUUAUUAUAAGCAUGUAAGGUUUGCUGAAACUGUAAUAAAGAGCUAUGAAUCAUGUAACAUAUGGUACAGUGUUGCCUAUAUUAAGAUGAAAGUAAGUGUUUUUGUAA